CUCCCGGCGCCGCAGCCUCCCGGGGCUGGGGCUGGGGCUGGGUGCGGAGCCGGCGGGACCCGCUUUCCGCCUCCAGGGGGCAGCGGCCACGGCCCAGUCCCUGGGCGGACCGCUCGGCGCCUCGCCGCUCUUCCUGUCGCCGGGAGAGGCAGGCCGGCCAGCGGGCGGCCGGGCCAGCGGCCGCCAUUCCCGUGUCUCUGCGCCCGCGGGGGCCGCCCGAGCCGGCCACCAUGCCGCUGGGCCUGAAGCCCACCUGCAGCGUCUGCAAGACCACGUCGUCAUCCAUGUGGAAGAAGGGCCCGCAGGGGGAGAUCCUCUGCCACCACUGCACGGGCCGGGGCGGCGCGGGCGGCGGGGGCGCCGGCUCAGGGGCGGCCGGCGGGACGGGGGGCGGCGGCGGCGGCGGCGGCGGCUUCGGCGCGGCGACCUUCGCCAGCACCUCGGCCACCCCUCCGCAGAGCAACGGGGGCGGCGGCGCCAAGCAGAGUAAGCAGGAAAUUCACAGGAGGUCUGCUCGGCUCAGAAACACUAAAUACAAAUCUACUCCAGCUGCUGAAAAGAAAGUUUCUACUAAAGGAAAAGGGAGAAGACAUAUUUUUAAAUUAAAAAAUCCCAUCAAAGCUCCAGAGUCAGUGUCCACCAUAAUCACUGCAGAAUCAAUCUUCUACAAGGGAGUAUAUUACCAGAUUGGUGAUGUUGUUUCUGUGAUUGAUGAACAAGAUGGAAAGCCGUACUACGCUCAGAUCCGGGGCUUCAUCCAGGACCAGUACUGUGAGAAGAGUGCGGCGCUGACGUGGCUGAUUCCCACUCUCUCUAGCCCCAGAGACCAGUUUGAUCCCGCAUCCUACAUCAUAGGGCCAGAGGAAGAUCUUCCAAGGAAGAUGGAAUACUUGGAAUUUGUUUGUCACGCACCUUCUGAGUAUUUCAAGUCACGGUCAUCACCGUUCCCCACAGUUCCCACCAGACCAGAGAAGGGCUACAUAUGGACUCAUGUUGGACCUACUCCUGCAAUAACUAUUAAGGAAACGGUUGCUAAUCACUUGUAAUUAACAAAUUAAAACUGAAUUUCCAGUUAUUUUGUAUUUGUACUAUUACAGGACAUGCCACAUACUUCUUUAAUGAAAUUCUUAAAUGGAAGAAGUUUUUUCCCUACUAUCUAGUAAUGAUUAGAUUAUUUAUAACUACUUAAAAAAUUAAAAGUAGACAAGCAUGAAAUAUAUUUUGAAAUUAAAUUUUAUAUUCUAUAUGUGUAUGUCUUCUCCAGCAAGACUGUCAUUUCCAGGGAGAUAUUAGGAACAAGUAGUGUCUAUUUCCCCCCCUAAUUUAUUUCUAGAAAGUCAUAAAAUGGAUUGUAUUUUUCUAUAAGAAGAAUAUAUUAAUUAAAGUUUGCAUUCCAGACCAAAUGCUUAAUCAAAUAAAAUGUUUCUGUGACCAACAGAAUCUAUCAUGAAGCCACACAGCCUCAUUUUCUCAUCUAGAAAAUGUUGUGCCAGACUUUUGGCUGCUUUAAGCAUAAGGAAAGUUGUCAAUGAUUUUAUUAGCCUAGGUUUUUAAAAACUUUCAUCUAGUUCUUUUGUCACAAACAGGCAUUCAGACUCUUUCAGUUAGAGCAGCGCCUGUGGCUCAAGAAGUAGGGUGCUGGCCCCAUAUACUAGAGGUGAUGGGUUCAAACCGGCCCCGGCCAAAAACUGCAAAAAAAAAAAAAAUAAUAAUAAUAAAGAAGGAAAGAAAAAAACAGACUCUUUCAGUUGAUCUUGAUAGAAAGUUGCUCUUCACUGUUUGAGCCAAAAGGAAGCUUCCUCCCAAACCACAGGAUUUUAUAGCACAGUCAUCAACAGUUUUAAUUUGUUGAUUACAAACCUUCUUCAUCCCCAGGUAGGUUUGUCAGAAUCAAAGUGGAUCAUGAUGAUUUUGAGCUAUAGUAGCUUUAAGUGUUACCUUAUUUCUACACAGUGUUUGUGAGUUAGAAAGAAGCAAUUGAAGGUAGCUCCAUGUGAAUAGUCAUCUCUCUGUUCACAGGUGCUAUCGUAAAACUGAUUGUAAAUAACAUGGUUAAUAACUUUGUAAAUGCCAGUGUUCAAAUUUUUGGGAUUAAAAUGUAUUUUUCACUAUG